AUGGAUAAUUCUCGUAUCGGUGGUGGUGGUGGUGUUCCUGUUCUCUGUGGUUACUAUUUUAUUGGCAAUUUUUUAUGUGGUGUUGCUAGGGGACUGCUGAUGCCAGUGAUAUUGGCUCAUGCUUACGAAAGCGAAUGCCCGGGUUAUGGUUUUGGUUUUCUUCAGGUAAAAUGGUUCAUGCAUAAAAUACGUCGUAAUGGAGUCAUUGAUGUCAUUGAUUAUGUCUGUCAUUUUGGUACCAGUGCUGAUGUUAGAACUGGGUUGCUAAUGUAUGUCUGCGUGCGUGGUCCUGAAACUGAAGAAAGACAAGUUAUUGCAGCCCAUGGGGCGUGGUCGGGGUGUGGUGAUCUUCCUCCUUCCUGCCCAAACAUUAAUGGUGUUGACAAGUCUUCUUUCCUACCUUUUAAGGAGGCUGUUACAUUUAUGCGGAGUGCUAUUCAUAACACAUUGCUACCUGAGAUAGGUGAUAGUCUCCUAACCUGCUUCUGCUAA